AUGGGCAAAAAGAAGCCACGAAUGUCGCUUUUUUCAACGUUUGUUCAACAAAUAAAUGAACAUGACACUAAAAUCUCAUCAAGCGAAUAUCAUCUUAUUGAUGAUGAAUAUUUUGCUGCAUUUAAUACAAUUGAUGAUAUUCAACAAUUUCAUAGUAAACUAAAUGAAAAACAACAAAAACAAUCGAUUAAUAUUGAUGAUGAAACUAGCCUUCAUAUUGAAGAAGAUAAUAAUGACAUGGAUAUGAAAUCAUUUGCUGAACAAUUUCUUAUCGAUCUACCUGAUCAUAUGACAAAAGUAACUGAAAAUUUGAAUUCAUCUUGCACAUCUUCACAAGAUAUAUUCAAUACGAAUCAACCGAUUAAUUGGUCACCUAAAGUAAAAGUUAACAAAAGUAUUAUUCAAUCACCUGAUAAUAAAAAAAGAAAAUCAACAACACCUAUUAAAUUAAAUAUGGAAAUAAAUAAUAAUAAAAGACAACGACGAAAUAUUCAAGACUUAUCUAAAUCAAGUCAAUCUGUUUCUAAAUAUAAUCAAAAUUUAUCGGAUUCAUCAACUAACAUAUUUGAAUGUUUACAAAAUGAAACAUAUUCAAAUAAAAUUACAUUGGAAAAUAUGACUUCAAUUCUUUCUACUUUAAAUGAUAAACAAUCAAUGAAUAAUGAAGCUACAAUAUCAAUUGAAUUAGCUGAACCAUCCAUAAUCAAAAAUGAACCUAUAGAAUCUGAACAACUCACUGUAGAACUAAAAGAAGAGCCCAUUGAAUUAAAUAUGACUUCUACAAAUUCAAUAGGUUUUGAUACUUCUAAAUAUUCUGAUGACUUAGAUCGUUAUGUUCAAAAUAUUCAUCUUCUUCAUCAAUCUUCAAAUACUGAAGAAUCAAAUUCUAUAUUAUCUUCACGUCCAAAACGUAUUCGUAAACGAAAACAAUUAUACAUUGAAGAAAGUGAAUUGAUAACAAAAUCAAAAAAAGUCAAAACACCUACACGAAAAAAACGUUCCCUACCAUCGACUUCUCAAAUUUCAUCAACACUUCAUUUAACUGAUGCUGAAAUUGAACAACAAUUUGGUGAACGUUUACCAACUAUUAAAACUGAAAAUGAUGAUGAUAAUGAUACACAACAAAUUAUAAAUAGUCAAAUUAUUAUUGAAUUUGAACCAAUUACACAAACACCGCUUCAAAAAGCACGAGCAAAACUAUUAGCUGCUUUAGGACGUGGUCAUGAUCCUGAUACAUAUUCACUUAAAAUUCGUUCUCGUGAACAUCAAAUAAUUGAAGUUCAAUUAGCUAUUUAUAGUACAGCUGAUUGGCAUCCACAUCGUACUAAAAUAUUAGCAAAAAUUGAAGAAGCACUUCGUGGUCUUCGUGUUAAUUGGACAAAAAUUGAUAUACAUGUUGAUAAUUUCGAUAUUCAAAUUUCUACAUCAUCACAAAUAUCUACAAUGUGUCCACCAACAAAUAUUUCAAAUACAAAUUCAUCAUGGUUUUUAAAAACUUUAAGUGAAUCAGGUCCAAUUAUUAUUCAUAUACAUGAUCGACGACAUCCUCAACAACGUUUUCUAAUCAAAUGUUCUUGUCCAGAAUGUUCACCAACAUCAUUUAAAGAUUCUACUGAUUCAUCAUUACCCGUAAUUGUAAAUGUUUCUCCGGCAUCAACUCCAACUCGUCGUUUAAUGACUCCAACUAUCUUAAAUAAAACACAACAACAACGAAAUGCAUCUUUAUUACAAAAUAUUGAUACUAGUUUUUUUAAUGAACUUAUUUAUCAGUGGGGAAAAACAAUAGUUAUAUCUGUAACACAAUGUGUACUUGAUCUUGCAUUAAUUGUUAGUGUUCAUGCAUCGUUACCAAAUCUUAGUGUAUCACCAAAUUAUUCUAAAGAAGAAUAUAAAAAAAAAUAUCAACAAAUAAUUGAUCCACUUAAAUAUGCAUUAAAUGAAAAUGAUAAAGUAUUAUUAUCUAAAACAUCAACGAUUGCACAUGUUGUUUCCGUUAAUUCUACAAAUAAUACACAAUCAAUUAUUCUUUCAAAAUCACCAGAUAUUUUAAAUUUUUAUAAUUUAAUUCAACAAAAUAAAACAAAUAUAAGAGAUGCAAAUGCAAUGAGAGAUUUAAUUACAAAAUCCUUUUCUAAACCGUCUUCGCCUUCUAUUCAAUCAAAUAUAAUUAAAACUGGAACAUUAAUUCUUCCAAAACCAAUAUCAUCAUUAUCACUUUCAAAUACACAAUCAACAAUGACAUUAGUUGACUUAAAAAAACUCAAUGAACAAAAUCGUCGUUUACGUCGUCGUUCAACUCAAACAAAUCGUUAUGAUAAAUAUACUCGAACUUAUUUAGUUAAUAAUGAAACAAAACAACAAGCUCAAUGUACAUCAUUUAUUGAAUUAAAACCAAUUAUGGGUGGAUCAACAAUAACAAAACAAAAUAUACAUUCAUUUACUAGAGAAAAUAAUGAAACAAUUAUUGUUCGAGAUGCACAAAAUAAUGAAUUAAAAAAAGUAACAACAAUUAUAUCAACAAAUUUUGGUUUAAAUGAAACACAAAAUUCAAAUCGUGAUAUUACACCAUCAUCAACAAAUAAUGCUCGUGUCAUUCGUCUUUCCAUUGCUAAACCAAACCUAUCAAAUGUUGAACAACAAGUGAAUUCAAUAUCGCCAUCUACUAUUCGAUUAGUAGCAGCGUCAAAAACUGAUUGUGAUAUUCAUCUUUCAAAUUCCGUUCCAUCCACAAAUAAAGGUGAAUCAGUACCACUUGUACCUAAACAAAUCAAUAUAAUUAAACCGUUGUCAUCAUCAUCAUCGUCUAUUACUCCUGCUAUAAAACUUUUCAAUCCGAUUCUUAUUUCCCAUAAAUCUCAAGAAUCGUCAACAAAAUGA